AUGGCCGCUCCUAAUGACCUAGUGAGGAGCACGCUGUCACUUAUUGAAAGUACAGGGCUGCCAUAUCCAUUGGGUCCACUACUUCAAUUGUUUAUCUCCGAGGCUCUCGAUCCUGCAUUAGCCGCACAGUAUAUGAAAGAUAGGUUGCAGCGUGGUGAGGCUUCUUCAUUAGUGGAUGAUUGGUCUUAUAUCAUCGAGUCCAUUACCAAAAAUGGUCGUGCUCCACCAGAGCCUAAUGAUACCGAAAAGCAUGCUAUCGCAAGACGAGAUGGCGGAAAGUGUUGCGUGACUGGGAAAGUUGGCACGUUGCGUGAUCCCCUUAUCGUCGCGCCGAUUCUCUUGAUUCCGUCUGGGUGGACUGCAGACAAGGCCGGCAUCUUCGACAUGCUUGGUGCUUUCUUUGGACCGCCUUACCGGGAUUGGUGGAUAUCCUAUGUAAGAGAUCCCGUAUCACCUUAUUAUAACCACUGGCUAGUCCGAAAGUCCGCAGCCAAAGCAUUUGCUUCGGGACUUGUCAGGUUAAACAGGUUGUACCCAUCCAUGAUUGAGUAUGAAGUCGAACAAGUCCCUAUUGGACCAGAGGACCUAAUCGAGGUCGAUGGCACACGUCCAUUAUUGGGUGACCAUUCACGAUCGGGCAUCAUCAAGGCUGACCCCCGCUUCGUCGGCUCCCAGGCUCGACUAUGCAAAAGCAUUCAAUAUCUCGAUCUCCACAAAAGACUUUCAUUGGAAACCCUACCUCAACCCGGUCUUUCGGUAAUGCGCUCAAACAUAACGCUGCAAAAUCGUUGGUGUCUUUUCAGUGUGUUCGUGGCCUCUUUCUUCACGGUCUGGCGCCUAGUCCCCUCAAAAAUCAGAAUAUUUUGUUAUAGGGUAUUGCAAAAGCUUGGAGAACGUUUAUACGGGCGAUCCAAUGAUUACGCCCCCGUCCAGAGAUUGCCUUUCGGGUUGUACUUGAAGUGGAAUACAGAAGUUGACUGCUCCCGCAACGAGUUCAAUGCGCUGAAGGUGGUCCGCCAACAUACCUUAAUCCCGGCCCCAAAAGCACUUGACAUGGUUGAUGAGCAAGCAAAUAUAAAUGACCCGUCCUCCUGGCCUACAUCUUAUCUCCUCAUGACGAGAGUCCCUGGUUUUCCGUUAUCACGCUGUGAAAAGGUUCUCUCGGAAAGAGAUAUAGAACGAAUUGUAAUUCAGCUCAAGGACUAUGUAUCCCAGCUAAGAGAUAUUCCCCAGUCGACCAACUCAGACAAGGCCAUAUGCAACACUCUGGGCGAAGCGUGCAGGGAUCCCCGCAUUAAUGGUGCGGCCCCUGUUGGUCCUUUUGAGGACGAGGCAGCAUUCAGUCAGAUGCUAAGAUUCUCAGACGACCCUGCUCGCCGUGGCAAUAAAAUUGUGUUCACGCAUGUGGAUCUUAACCCGCGUAACAUCUUGGUUGACCAGAGUCUACAAUUAGAUGGAAGCAUCAGCUGGAGCGUGACGGGGAUCGUAGAUUGGGAAUUUGCGGGGUAUUACCCCGAGUACUGGGAUUACACAAAAGCAAUGUUCGAGGGAUUUAGAUGGACGCGACGAUACAAGGACAUGAUUUAUAAAGUGUUUGCCGAGUUUGGAAACUAUUUACCUCAACUCUACGUUGAGAAGAUGAGCUGGGAGAGCGGGGAUGGGGUCUAG